AAAGAUUGUAGCCCUUUAAGGAAGAAAACAGUGUUGACAAAUUAAGCUUCAAAAUUGGAGCUUUUUUCUUCUUCUUCGAUUAUUUUUCGCCGGAACUCUCUUAAAAAGCAAUGGCAAACAAUCCCUCGCAGCUUCUUCCGUCAGAGUUGAUAGAUAGGUGCAUAGGGUCCAAAAUAUGGGUGAUAAUGAAAGGGGACAAGGAGCUCGUGGGUACUCUUAGAGGCUUCGAUGUUUACGUCAACAUGGUCCUCGAAGAUGUCACUGAAUAUGAGAUCACCACUGAAGGAAGACGGAUCACAAAGCUUGAUCAAAUUUUGCUUAAUGGAAACAACAUCGCCAUUUUGGUCCCAGGAGGCUCACCUGAUCCCGAAUGAAAGUGUUAGCUCCUCCAUGUUUCUUUUAAUGUUAUUAAUUCCUGGCCAUAUUCUCAGUUUUAGUGAGAAAUCUGGUGCAGAACUUAAUUAGUUAACUUGGAUCACUGUAAGAUUCUCGAAAUUUGGUGGUAGGGCAGAGUUGGCAACAUUUACUGUCAUGGUUAAUGAUUGAUUGUGCUUAUCAUAACAUUUCAAAUGCUUUUAGGUCUAAUGUCACUUUAUUGGUCCAUCAUCCUUGUUAACUAGUAUUAUAUUUGCUUAGACGGAUUUAGCCUUAAGAAUCAAGAAGAGCCAGGUUUGGCAUUGUUGCAGUUAA